UUCAAACAAAAUUAUCGAAAUUAUUUGUGAGGCAAUGUGUAAAAUCAGGGUUUAAAUAAAGGCGAGUGAUCAUUUCAGCCAACUGAUAUGGAGUCCCUGAAGAAGGAAUUAGCAAAAAUUCAAGUUACUGCGCCAGAUAUCAGUACACUUCCAAACAAAGAUGCAGACAGGGCCUCUCUUCCUGAGUCUUACAAGUCCAAUGCUCCAAAAGAGAAGCUUCUGCUGUCAUUUUGUGAAAACUUUAGACGUCAAUUUGUUCACCUAUAUCGUGAUCGAAAGCCAUUGUUUUUAAAUCCUGUGAAUGAAUGUGGAAUAGAGAAAUUUGUGUGUACAACGAUUCGCCCAACUCUUCUGUCGUACAAGGAGAUCUAUGAUUAUGAUGGCUGUGCACAGUUUGUUUCUGACUAUUUAACAUUUUUUCCAUUAGAUCCACCAAUUGACUUGCCAAGUGAACUGGUGUCCCCUACAACUAUCCUAACUCGUCAAAAGGGAAACUGUUUCGACUUUAGUGUGCUGCUGUGCUCUUUGCUCAUUGGGGCGGGUUAUGAUGCUUACUGUGUCUGUGGAUAUGCAACCAGAGAAACAACACUUAUGGAUGAAACAAGGGAAAUAUGUCCUCUUCUGAGGAAAAAAGAUGAGGUAACAAAAGAAGAAGUGAAAAAAGAAGUGAAAAAGUACACUGUGAAACCUCCCAAAGAUUUAAGAAGCAGGUUUGAAGCUAAAGUUGAGGCGAAGAAGAAAGCAGAAGAAGAUGGAAAGGAAAAGAAGAGGCGCGAGGAAGAAAAUGCAAGAAUUGCCGAGCUUGAAAAGCCCAAGCCAGACAAGCUGCAUGGUUUAAGGGUGCACUGCUGGGUGUUGGUCCUAUCAGGAAAACGGGAGGUUCCUGAAAGCUUCUUUAUUGAGACUCUGACAGGCGUUUGUCACCCUCUCACACAUAAUGUUUAUCUUGGUAUUGAAAGUGUUUGGAAUCACAAGAACUAUUGGGUUAACAUGCAGGAUUGCUCACAUGGUGUUCAGGAUCUUGUUUAUGAUCUGGGUGAUGCAUCCAAAUGGGAAUUCAUGUUUUCCACUACAGACAAACCUCUGUUGAUGAUUCCUGUGGAUGAAGCAGAUCCUCUUGACAUUGAUGAUGAAGAGAAUGAUGAUGAUGGAUCUGAUUUUGAUCUGCCUCCUUCUUGGGUUUCUCCAAUUGAAAUUUCACUCAAAGAAUUUCAAACCAGGUGUCCUUAUGGAAAGAAAACCAAGUUGUACAAGAAAGCCAAGAUAGAGAAAUUGGCUGAGUAUUUGUUAAAAGAUGGUCUGGUGUCUUCACUAUCAAGUUACAAUGAUUAUGAAUUAAAAGAUCUCGUUGAGAAAAAAGAAGUCUACAAACACAGGGUUGAUAAGCUGGAGACAAAAGUACAUAACAUGACCACCGGACUAAUCACUGAGUUCUUCACACCAGGGAGGCUGGACUGCCUCAAAGAACAUACCUACAAAGCGAGCUCGCCCGGACCAGAAUCCGACAGAACGAUGCUAUUUUAUUGCAGUGCGCGAAUUGACGGCCUUGUAAAGCGUGAAGAAUCGCCUGAGGAAAUGACAGAGAGUUAUGUCGAUAGAGACGACUUCAUGUACUAUCGACAGGUUACUUUUGGUAAACGGGUGAAAAAGUUUGGUCCACAGGAGGCAAACUCAAGACCAAUUGUGAAAAUAGUUGAGAGAUUUCACCGCAACAAAGCUAAAGAAGCAAACGAAGAUGUUGCCGAAAGAGUUUUCCUCGUCUCUGAUGAGCGAAUUAACUUGACAUUUCACUUGGAGGACAACAGAGUAACAGCCUCCACAAGGGAAUUCAUCCGCCCUCCACACACCACAGAAAAAGGAGGAACACUGACCAUGACACCCGAUAUGACAACCACUUUUCAGGUGGAUCCGCUGAUCAAACCUCAUAAAAACCUCCAUGUUUACGAAAUGUUGGUGGAACUCGUGGAUGCUGAAGAAAAGAGCACGAACCAGAUAAGGGCGUCAGAAGAAGAGGUGAAAGAAAUUCUCCAGCUCCGAAUCAAAGAAGAAGCUGCAUCCCAAUUGAUUGUUUCAGUGUAUGAUACAGAGAGAAACGAAAAAGCCAAGCUGCAUCGCCAAGAACUGGAACGUAAAGCAGCAGAGGAAGCAAUGAAGAAACAUGAACUUGAGUUAGAUUACCUAGCGCCAUUCCUGGCACAGAUUGGUGAUCCACCGCACAUCAGCCGACAGGAGGCUUAUAAACUCAAAGAGGAAUGCCUACAGGAUCUAAAACACCGUCUUAUUGACAAAGCAAACCUCAUUCAGGCUAGAUUCGAGAAGGAAACUCAAGAAUUACAACGCAAGCAGAGUUGGUAUCAGCAGAAUCAAGUGUCCAUGACAAAAGAAGACGAAGAAGAAUACCUCAACUAUUGCAGCGAGGCCAUGUUUAGAAUACAUAUCCUUGAACAACGCCUUAACAGACAUAAAGAACUGGCUCCUCAAAAGUAUGUUCAGUUGGAACAAAAACUCAGGACCGAUCCAAGACUUGCGGAGCAUUUCUGAUCUGCUGUGGAUAUCAACAAUUGUACUAUAUGUAUAUCAUUGUAUUUACUCACAGUUUUUGAAUAAAUACUAAAUGAA